CGGACAACUUACUUAGGAAUCUGUUCUGCUUCGAUUCUACCGAUAUCUCAGGAACGGGGCAAACUACACUCAUUAUUGAACCGUUGAACAGGCUUUCGGACCAUUAUCCUCUUUCUGACCUUGUCUCAACCCCAUUCGCUCUUUUGGUGCACUUUCUUUCUCCUCUCCAGCCCCUCCUUCACCAUGCACGGAGUUGCAUCCCCAACGUUUAUUCGAACUGUCUCCACUGCGACCAGGCCCCAAGUUUCUCGCCUUCCUACUACAAAACGGUUGAGACACGCCGUGUCUUACCCAGUCCCUCGAGCUUCAUCUUUUCCUCCCCGUCCAUAUUCCACGUCUGGUGCUGCUGUCCCGCCUCACUCCCCCAAACCUCGUUCACGUCUCCGUCGCUUUGUGGGAUUUACCUCGAUUGCUGCAAUCGCAUUUACUGCCGGACUAGCCUACCAAACACAAAAGACUGUAUCUCGCAUAAUGACGGUUUCACUCCUGACAGACGAAGAAACCCUGACCGCAUUCACCCCUCCCGAUGAGUUCGCUCGAGAGGUCGAAAACCAUAUCCACAACCAUCCCUUGGCUGUAUCGCUACGGGAGGAUCCUGCAUUUGUCGAGUCGCGGCCUUAUAUGAAAAUUCCCGAAAAGCUACGCCUUCGCAAUCUCACUGCUGGCACCCUCUUAAACUCCGAGGGAAUCGUCGUUCCGCCAUAUGUCUUUUGCGAUGAGAAGUCCUUGGUCUCCAUCAUGUAUCUCGGCCCGAACGUCUCCGGUCACCCGGGGAUUGUUCACGGAGGACUUCUGGCCACGCUCCUGGAUGAAGGCAUGGGACGAUGCUGCUUCCCUGUUCUCCCGAACAAGGUUGGCGUUACCGCUAACUUGAACAUCGAUUACCGUCGUCCGGCCAUGGCUUCUUCCUACGUGGUGAUGCGUGCCGAGGUGACCAAGGUGGAGGGCCGCAAAGCCUGGGUGGAGGGCCGCAUUGAGACUUUACCCGAGGAGGGCCAGGAGCCAGUUGUUCUGGUGGAAGCAAAGGCUCUCUUCGUGGAGCCUAAACAAGCAGCGGCCAUGUCGAGUCUUUACAAGAUCGCCAAUUAGACGAAGUGUUUGAUUUUCUUUAUUAAUACUACAAACAUGGGAAGGGUAUAUAAUUCUUGGGGGUUUUUAACUGGCGUCCGAGGAAGGAAAUAUUGGUGGUAAUGUACAUACAUACAUACAUAUACUUUGCUAUACUAGAUCGUGUAGAACCCCACGCUGCAAAUGGGCGACGAAAGUGACCUUCC